AUGCCCGACCAAACACACCCCGAAACAAAACAAACCCCCACCGAAACCAAAAAAAAACAAGCCGAAAGCCUAGCGGGUCUCCCCCCAAACACCCUCCACAUAAUCCUCUACAUUCGCUCCGACCCACCCCUCCCCAACGACUUCCACUGGGCCUUCUACCUGCACAAAGGCACAGCCACCACACCAGGCGGAACAAAGUACCACGCGCGCGGCAUCGGCGCCGGAUGGAUUCCCGGGCACGAGGCGACGGCGUCGAUAUUCGCCGAGAAUUUCCUGUGCGUGGUUAUUCAGAUCGCGAGAAUUCCGCCGGAGACGCAUGCGCGUGUCGAUGAGAUUAUGAGGAGUUAUGAUGGGUGUCUUAAUGCAAUUCCGGGGAUUACGUGUCGAGUGUGGAUACUCACUGUGCUGCGCGUGCUUGUUGAUGAAGGGUUUGUGCGCUGCGAUAUCGGGGAGUUGGAGAGGGAGUGUUUUGGGUUUGGGAAUGAGAAUAGUUUGACGGCUAGUGCUAAUUUGCAGCCGAGGCCGGUUUUUAAGUCGCGGGUUUCGUCUUGA